GACAGGGACAAAGGAUUGGCAGGCCAUUGUUGGCUGGUGCAUCUUGCGCAACCCGAGCAUAACAAAGGGCAAUGAGAUCUGACCCACUAUAAAUAGGCCUGAUCUAGAUUGAGAAUGAUCCGUCAAGUACCAGGCAUAUCAAGCAUACCAAGCACUCUACCACUUUCCAAGAUGGGCUACCGCAUUGACUCAUGGGAGGGAGAGACCCUGUGUGGCACGCGCGUCCGGGCUGGACGCAAUUCGGAUCAAACCGCGACCAUUGGAGGUACUGUGAUGAUCGAUGGCGAGUACUAUGCACUGACCGUUCUGCAUCCCUUUCUGAAGCCUUCUUCCAACCAGCACCACCAGCACCGAAAGCGUUGGGCCUCGUUCCGGUCCCGCGCGAUGUACGCCCUGGACAGCGAGGAGCCCCACGCGGUGGCCUAUCUGCCCCGCUACAAAGGGACCAGGAAGUUGAACCCGGGCUUCUGGUCGGUGCGACAGAACUGGGGUCUGUUUCGAUUGUGUGAUCAAACGCCCCGGUCCAAUUGUGUCACGGUCGGGGGGUGGCAAGUGCUCUCACCAUCCAAGGUCACCAGAAGCUCGCCUCGCGGUCAGCUGUGGUGCUUGCUGGGGAACGGCGCUCGCCCCCCCGUGAGAACCGACGUGUCUGGACGAUUGAGUCGCCCGUCCAUCGCAGCCACCGACUUCCCCGUAGCGUAUCAAUUAAGUAUGGUUUCCUUUGCGGAGGAUGUUGGAGCCUGGGUGGUGGAUGGAGGGGACAAUGGCUCCCUGUUUGCCAUGCUUGUGGCCCAGGAUGACCAGGACUUCACCACCUACGCCAUCAGUGCGGCGGAUAUCUUCGAUGAGUUGCAGAAGCGAUUUCCAAACACCUCGAUAGCGAUCGCCUAG